AUGGAAGCUUCCUGGCUAACAGGAUGGCGCAGCUGGUUUCCUGGUGACUGCUGUCGCUCGGGCUGCGUGAGUGUCAACAGUGCUCUGUGGACUUAUGGCCCGAAGCCAAGUUGGUACAAACAAGAUGGCGCUGACGUCCAGAACAUCCCCGUGACCGAGAGUGCUGCACGAUCUGACGCCUGGCUGGACUUGCAAGGCGUCUGGUACCGUCAAAAGGACAACCGCUGUGUUGGAGAGAUAAGUGGGCACCAGAUGAUUUGGCAUGUGCAAUGGAGCUUACCAUGCAGCAUUACCCGAUUGCAGAUGGAAUCGCCCGAAGUGAUUUGCUAUCAGAUGGAAAACCAGGUCAUGAUUGGCAGAGUUCAACGGGAGGCGCAGACCAUACUGCUGUGGAAUGACGGUGAUGUUUGGCGACGGAAAUGA